AUGCCGGAACGCUACUCCAGCCCCGGUGUGCGGAGCAACGCCUCCAGCCAAAGCUCGCGCGAUUACCAGUCACUCGAUCCGCGCGACUGGCGAGGCUUCUUCGUUCCGGGAAGGAUAUUCAUGUACCAACUGCAUGCGGAUGAGCGCGACUACACCGGCAAGAAACAAAGACUGUCCGUCCCAAGGGCCUCGUCAAAGCCCGUGUACCGGAGAUGCGUGGUGCUGAGGCCAGGAAAAGACAGCUCGCAGUGCUUAUGCAUCAAGACCUACGAAGGAGAAGGCUGCACCCACAAGGAGGUGCGCUCCAAGCAAGACCGUCACGCCGUCGUCUACACCAGUGACGAGCCUUCGCGCCUACGAGAAGAAACCAACCUCCGCUCCCCCAUCCAGGCCGAUCCCAUCAGCCAUGAAACUGCCAUCCCGCGCCUGGCCCGCCUCAACUAUGACUCCCUCUUCGACUUCGCCCACGCCCGCCCCAUUUACCCGCUCGCCCAAGUGACCCCCCGCGGCCUACAGACCCUACUCCGCGACUUCGAAGAGCUCAACCCACCCACCGUCCACCCAGUGACCCGCAAGCGCACAUGGGACCGCAUGGUCGAAGUGCUCGACGCCACGCACCUCGACUCGACCACCACCGACCCCGCCGUCGCCAUCGCCGCCCCUGCCCACCAACGUGCCCCGGCCGUCCGCCCCAUCCGGCCCACCCGCCGCACAUCCACCUUCCCGCCCCCAAUCCGCGAGGCGUCGCCACCAACACCACCACCAACAACCGCCAUCACCUCCCCACGAAUCCGAAUCGUCGCCCCUCGGACCUCCAAACCAGAAGAGAAAGAAGAAGAAAAGGGAGAAGGCGAACGCCCCCCCCACCAACAAACGAACAAGAAACCCAACCAGCCCGUCACCCCCUUCCCGCAACGCCACAGCCCCCGCGCCACGCACAUCCCCCUCCUCCUCUCCUCCGCCCGCGACCCGCGCGCCACCGCCCCCGUCCGCGCCCUCUUCGACACCGCCUGCGAGCUCAACUUCAUCGACCCCGAGCUCGCCCUGCAGCGGCUCGGCGCGACGGCGCUGCGCUACACGGCCGGCGCCGAGCAGCAGCCGCGCGUCGUCAUACUGCCCGGCACCGGCGGCGCCACGGUGCCCGCCGCCGCCGAGGGCAUGGUGAAGCUGCGGUGGCGCUUCCAGGGGGGGAGCACCAGCAACAGGAGCGACGUGGACACGUUUGUAGUGUUCAGGGGCUUGCCGUGCGAGGUGGUGAUUGGCAGUCGGACGGCGGUCGAGAGGAGGUGGGGGGUCGGGGGUAGGGAGGCUGGAGUGCUGGGGUUGCCCAUGUUGGGGCUGGACGAGAGACGAGGAUUGGAGGAGGAUGAUAGGCGGAAGUCGGAGCAUCGGAAGAGGAAGGAAGCGAGGGAGAAUGAGGAGAUUGAGCGGAAGUUCGCGAGGGAGAGGGCUGCGUUGCUGGGGAGGUGA